AUGCUCAACACGACCGUCAGAACGUGGCCUGUUACCUCUACAGACACCAUUUUCAGCAUUGCUGCCUCAACCUCGCGUGGUGUCUGCAACAUUGCCCGCGCAAACCGCAUGGCUGACGCAAACCUCAUGGUAGCCGGCGAAACGCUUCUCAUACCUGGAGAGUCCUGCGCCCAAGACAUUGACAACACAACCUGCCUUGUCCCCAACAUGACCUACUACGCAAGCUGCGUCCCCGGUGGUCUGCACACAUAUAACGCGCGCUACAACGACACUCGCGCGAGCAUUGCGCUCAAGUUUCAAGUCAGCCUUGACACCAUCACGACGAUGGGUGUUAACGUGUCUGCGCAAUCGGCAGACGCAGUCAUUGCGGCCGAUACGCAGAUCAAGAUUCCACAGUGCAGUCCCAGCCAGUGUACCGUCCAACCGUACAAGUUUACGUUUGGAACAUAUGUCGAUUUAGCCAACGAGCUUAACACAACCGUGGGGCAGAUCAUGGCGUUUAAUCCGACAUAUAACUACAGUUCCAAGACGGAUGUAGAUGAUUCACCAAUCAUCUCUCUGCCCAUGAACUGCAGGAAUUCGACUGGGAAUAUCACUGUGAUAUCGUAG